GCCUGCCAACCCCUAUCUCCUAUAUCAUAUCCUUUCUUUCUUUCUUUCUUUCUUUCUUCUUCUUCUUCUUCUUCUUCUGAUUCUGAUUUACAUUUACGUCUUCGAAUACGAUCAAUCAUCUCUCUGCCCAUGCUCUGCCUCCAUGACUCACAUGUCCUCUCUUCCCUUGCUGUAAUUAGUUAGUUUUUUCUUUUAAAUCUUCACCUCAUAUUAAACAUUUCUGCUGGUUCGUACUUCCUACAAACUUGUAGUUCUUAUUUUCUUCUCCAAAUUCAAGAAUUUUGCUGUUGUUGUUCUUGGGUUUGUGCAUAAUGGAGGAGUAUUCAGAUUCUGCACCAAGGAACAGUUUGUUUGUACGACUAUGCGAUUUUUGCAACUCUGAAGCUGCUAUUUUGUAUUGCAGAGCUGACUCUGCUAAGCUUUGUUUGUUCUGUGACCAACAAGUUCAUUCUGCAAAUGCUUUGUCUCUCAAUCAUUUCAGGUCACUUAACUGUGACAAGUGUGGUGCUGAACCAGCUUCAGUCCAGUGCUCAGUCAUUAAUGAUAAUAAUAACAAUGAUCUUGUUCUUUGUCAAGAUUGUGAUUUUGACUGUUCUGUUUCGUUGUCCCUUCUUAAACGAGCUCAUAUUAAUGGGUUCAUGGGCUGUCCUAAUGCAGUUGAGCUUGGUGAGAUUCUAGGGUUUGAUUUGAAAAAGACAAAGCUUUUUGCUAGUUCAGAUUCUGGGUCUGAUUUGUACGAUCAAGAAAUGGAUAAUAUGCAAGACUUGCUGGUUCCAAGUGGGAAUUCCUCUAGAAAUUGUAGACAAGAAAUGUAUAAGCAAUUAUUAGAGUUGGGUAAGAGGGAGAGAGUGAAAGUGAAUGGAGAUGGAGAUGGAGAAGAACUGAGGCCUGAGACACCGCCAAGUAGAUGUGGGCAGCAAGGGAAUUUGGUGAAUCUUCAAAUGGAGAACGGAAAUGAGGAAGAGUUUCAUCACCAAGAAAGGCCAUUUGCUUCUAUGCUUAUGUUGCCAAAUCUUGAAGAUGUGAGAGAAAGUGACGGUGCUGCUGAUGGAGUUCUUUUGUGGGACUGUAAUCCUACAUAUCAGGCUGCACAGGUAUGGGAUCUUGAUCUUGGAAAAACAAGAGAUUGUGCAGAACCUGGUGAGGAGGAGGCAAAUUAUGAUGCAACUGAUCCUGGUUUCACAUUUAACAAUCAUCGCAUAAGUAAAGAUUCUGCCUUCAAUAUAAUAAAAGUGUUGGAUGAUGUGCAUUCCAUGAGCUGCUCUACACCAAAUGAGGAUAUGCUGCCAAGAAAUAGUUGCUCCAAACAACAAGUGUCACAGAGCACAAUGGAAACAGGAGGAGGGAAAGACACUUUACUAGUAGAACAAUCGUCAGACUCCCUACUAGCUGAGGCCAAAUCAAACAAUAGCCCCAGACAUGUUGAGGUGGUGGAGAAGUCUCAUCUAGCUUGGGUUGGAACUGAUGAUAUGGAGACAUCAAAGGCCGAUGUGGAACUGUUUGCGCAGAACAGAGGCAAUGCAAUGUUACGCUACAUGGAGAAGAAAAAAACUCGAAGAUAUGAUAAGCACAUCCGGUAUGAAUCAAGGAAGGCUAGAGCUGAUACGAGGGAGCGAGUGAAAGGCCGCUUUGUGAAGGCAAGUGAAAAUUGUUGAUCAUCAUCAUAUGAUAUUAAGUUUCCCCUACUCACUGUGUAUAUAGGUUUUAGCUCUUGGCAACAGAACAUGUUAUGUUAACCGAGGAUUAAUUUCCUUGGAUUACGUACAUAUAUAAUGUAUCUAGUUUCUGUAUUAAGAAACAAGUAUCAGUAUGAUGGCAUUUGGUUUCA